UAAUGAGUUCUUUAUCUAUACAAUCAAAAGAAAUUGUACCAAGCUAUGAUAAUGACUAUGAUAAUAGCUACAAUAAUGGCUACAAUAAUGAUUACAAUAAUGAUUAUGAUAAUGACUGUGGUAAUGAUUAUGAUAAUAAUACUACAUGGGGCUUAACUACAACAUUAUACCAUCAUUUAGAAAGUGCUCACCAGGCUCAGUAUGUUAAAACAGAGAAAUAUUGCAAAAAAAUUAAAAAGGUACAAGAUGAAUGUG